AUGUCUGGUUCUGCAAGAAAGUUUUAUUGCUGCUUUAACUGCCCUCGAAGAGUGCGGCAAAAAGACAGACACAGUGUUCCGAAGAAAUGUAGGGCUGUCAUAACAAAGCUGUCCGGAAGGACACCCUCGGACAGGGAUUUUCUUUGCAAUAAAUGCAAAUGCGUGUGCUACUACUAUCUUAAAAGAAAGGAGCACCCCAAUUCUUCCAGACCUCAAGACCAUGGUAAGAAAGAAGUGUCAUCAGCACCCUCUGCACCUCCAUUUAGCCCACCAUCGAUUAGACUACCUUUUCCAUGCACAUCAAGGGGACAUGCUAUGUGCUGCAUCUGUAAACGUCCUGGACCCAAAUUAGUUGUAGUUCCAGUUGACCUAAGGCACCGCAUUUUUAUUUCAAAGGAGGUUAUUAUCCCAGCUUGUUCUCGUUGCUGCCCUAACCAUCCUCAACAAAGCAUCCAAGAUCUCAAUCCUGUUGCUAACACCACCACCUUCAACAAAACAUCCAUUGUUCAACUUAUAAAGUUUUUACGGUCUGAAGUCAUGAAGAGUGAGAAAACUAGGCUGGAUUUCAACAACAGUGAAAGUCUUACUGACGCUGAAUACCUGGAUCUCCUUGGAAUUUCUAAAGCUGCAUUUCAAGACUUGUUGAUGUAUGUUGAGGAAAUGAAAGUCAGAUCAACUCCAGCACGAAGCGUACGAACCAGCCUUGCCAUAUUCUUGAUGAAGCUCAGAGGAGGAGAUUCAAAUCGCAUUCUCUCUACAUUAUUCAAUGUGUCAAAAUCCAGUAUACAUAGAGCUAUUAAAUCAAUUAGAACAGCUUUGAUGAAUGGCAGAUUUGUAACAGAGAACCUUGGAUUUGGUCACAUCACAAGAGAAAUGGUCAUCCAACAACAUACUCGACCAUUAGCCCAGUCCUUUUUUGGUGAUGCAGGAACCCAGCAGGCCAUACUUGUCCUUGAUGGAACCUAUAUCUACAUAAAUAAAAGUGGUAAUUUCAAGUUCCAUCGACAGUCGUUUAGUCUUCACAAGGGCAGGCCCCUAGUUAAACCACUAGUUAUUGUGUCCACUACUGGCUACUUCGUUUCUGUAAUGGGUCCUUACAUCGCCAAAAACAACGACGCCACCAUACUUAACCACGCCAUGAAAACCAACAUUGAUGACAUCUGUAAUUUGGUCAAGGAGGAAGAUAUUUUUGUGAUUGACAGAGGAUUUAGAGAUUCCUUGGAUUAUCUUGAGCAGAUGGGAAUCAAAGCGCAGAUCCCGUCCUUCAUGGCAAAAGGUGAAAAACAGAUGGCGACUGAAAAUGCCAACACCAGUAGAUUAGUGACAAAGGUAUUAAAUAUGACCAACUUUGUACUUUUAUUAAAAAAGUUCUAA